AGUAUAACGUAGUGUUAGUUCAGCCUUGGUUGACACGACGGUGGACGUGGAAUGCAUACAGUAUUACUCGCUGUCACAUACAUCUGUCACUGUGAGAAAGCAGAUAUUUGUACUAAGACUAGGGAAUAUACUACAAACCAACGAAGGAAGUUUUCGCAUGACCUAAUCUGGAUUUCACCAGUGAAGGAAAUAAAUAACACUUGAUUUAGUAGCGUUAAAAUUACGUGCAAAUGAUCACCAAAGAGGCACACGUAUAGUUUAGCUGUUGCCGUUCUCGUGUUCAUCGGUUUUGUUCACACGUCCGCCUUUGUUAUGGCUCCGAUGGGCAUCCGGUUGUCCCCGCUCGGCAUAGCCGUGUUCUGCUUACUAGGAGUCGGCGUGAUCUAUCACCUUUACGCGGGAGUUUUAUCUAGUAGAAUCGCCUCGUUCAGACAGAAGAGGACUGUGGAUCUGAGAGAGCUGCUCGCGCUGUCCAUGGAGGCUGCGGUGCAGGGCGGACGGGAGGUGAAGAGGAUCAGGGAGGACAACACGCUAGAGGAAAAGUCAAAGGGCAAAACAAAAGAAGGGGCCAGUGAAAAGCUCACGCUGGGUGAUCUGAACUCCCACCGCAAGAUGUUCUACCUGAUCAAGAACACCUACCCUGAAAUACAGGCUGUGGAUGUCAUGCAUCGGGUGGGGAGGAAGGAGGUCAGUCGUCCCAGAGAUGUGAUCAUUGUCUUCGCCUGCAAGAUGGUCCGAGAUGAAAUGUGGAAAAGAACCAAGACGUCUUUGGUGAACUCAGAAGAACAGGCUAAUGCCGAGGGUGAGGCCACUGUGUGGACACACAUCAUCCCUGAAGAAAUUCUGGCAAAGAUCUCAGGAGGGAAGGAAGUUCCUGCAGAAAGUAUCACAGUGUGGAUUGAUCCACUGGACGCCACUCAGGAAUACACAGAAAAUCUCCAGAAGUAUGUCACCACAAUGGUGUGUGUGGCUGUGGACGGGGAUCCUGUUAUAGGUGUGAUUCACAAACCCUUCACUGGGUACACAGCAUGGGGUUUUGUUGGAGAGGGAUCCAAUGUGGUACCUCGUGCUUCCUACAACACAAACUUUCCUAAGGUGAUCGUUUCACGCUCACACUCGGGCAAGGUGAAGAGCUUCGUUCAAGUGGCCUUUGGCAACAAUACAGAAAUUAUACCAGCAGGGGGUGCAGGAUAUAAGGUACUAGCUCUUCUAGACCCCACUGAUGAGGAACAAGAUACGGCCGAUAUUUACAUCCAUGUGACGUACAUCAAAAAAUGGGAUAUCUGUGCGGGUGAUGCCAUCUUGAGGUCUCUUGGUGGUGAAAUGACGACUCUCAAAGGAGAGCAGAUUGAUUACUCUGGGACAGAGGAAAAUAAGGGCGGCCUGCUGGCAAGCAUUAAAACUGACCAUGAGGCAUUGGUGAAAAGACUUCCACCAUGGGAGGAGAACAAACAAUAAUAAAUCAUUGCCCUACCCUGUCCCUAACACUCUCAUUUUCUUCAGUAACACACAGUUGUGUAGACAUGAGGAAAUAAAGAAAAACUUGCGACUGAUCCAACAUAAGUGAAAUGUGUAAUUAUACCUGUAUGAGUCUGAAACCUGUUACAGGUUAUAAACAAAGCAAGUGUGCCUUUGAAACGGUUCAUUAGCUAUGUAUUUUGUGACACAUUUAUAGAAUAUUUAAGUGGAAAUUAAGUAAAAAGUGCAGCAUCAAAUCAUGAGGUCACCUUUAUUUUAAUCAUUAAAGAGCAGGUCAUAUCAGAGGUGUUAAUUUUGUCUUAACAGUGUGGGGAGGGGGGUUUUAAAGGGGACUCAAAUAAUACAGGUACUACUAUUAGUGUAGCAACCCCACCCAACUGCUACUAAAAACUAGCCCAAUCACAUUUCGAGGGGGGUUUCCCUGUAAAAAUUGUGUUCCAGGGGGAAAAUACAUGGUUUUCGGUGUGGUUCCUCCGGUAAAAUUCACAUUCCACAUGCUAAAUAUCUUUACGUGAUGUGACAGCAGUUUUAUUACAAUAAUUUUAUUUUAUUUGAGGUGUAAAUAGACAUAAUGUAAACACACUAACUAGCGGAAGUGUUUGUGGGCAGGUCAGAGUGUUCGUAUUUCACGGGCAGGCAGAGAUUAUGCAAAUGUAUAAAAAAAAUUUACAUUGAAAGAUAGCUACGUUUGUAAAUAUUUCAAAAAACCCAUAUGGACCUUCUCUUUAAUAUAUUUAGGUGAACCAGUAGCUUUAUUUUAUUUAAUUUCAUGUUUGUUUUUUGAGAGUGUUGUUUCCUAAAUUGCUGGUUUAAAUGGUUUUGGGUGAAGAUUUAACUGUGAAUCCAGAGAUAACUUGAAUGACAUCACUGUGCAUAGCACUGUUUCUCAUAAAUAACUCACUGUUCCCCUUGGUGACGUGUUUUCAGUUCUGUGUAUCAGAUCUCAAUUUGUACUGUUAUACCCUGAUACCUGAAUUGCUGUAUGAUUAGACUACAUAGGUUUAAGCACCACAUGCAAAUAAAAAUGUUAAGAUCAAA